AUGGUACCCUCAGCUUGGACAUUAUGCGUUGCAGCUUUGGCAGUCACUGUGCAUGCUGCUACUCUUGAUGAUGUCUGUACAUCUGCCUACGUGAAGGCUGCCCUUCCCCUGGAUGUUCUCACUGGAAUUACUAUCGACUCGAGCUCCGUCGUCGUGAGCACCACAAAGAACUAUUCCUCGGCUGCUGGCGACUUUUUCGAGUCCGCUACUUUCGACUUCUGCGCCGUCCAGCUUGCCUAUUCGCACAAUGGCUUGGAUGAUGACCAGGUUCUGCUGAUGUUCUGGCUCCCAGCGCCAGAUAAGUUCGAGAACCGUUAUCUUUCCACUGGUGGUGGUGGUAUGGCCAUUAACAGCGGCAAUAGCUCCUUGCCUGGGGGGGUCAUGUACGGAGCAGUUGCUGGUGCUACAGAUGGAGGAUUUGGAAGCUUUGAAUUGGACGAGGAUGACGCUUUCCUAUCGGCCAAUGGAACUAUCGAUUACGAGGCUCUGUACAUGUUUGGGUACAAGGCUCACCACGAAAUGUCUGUCAUCGGAAAACAGUUCACUCGAAACUUCUUUGCCAUGGCAGAGAGCGAGAAGCUUUUCGCUUACUACCAGGCCUGCUCGGAAGGUGGCCGUGAAGGAUGGAGUCAGAUACAACGAUACGAUGACUGGGAUGGUGCCGUUGUCGGGGCUCCUGCCUUCCGGUAUGCGCAUCAACAGGUUCAGCACCUCUGGUCUGACAUGGCAAUGAAGAAUCUUGAUUACUACCCUCCCCCCUGCGAGUUGGAGAAAAUUCUCAAUUUGACCAUUGCUGCGUGUGAUCCAUUGGACGGCAUAACCGAUGGCGUUGUUUCCCGAACGGAUCUCUGCAAGCUACACUACAAUCUCGAUAAGGCCAUUGGGGAGUCCUACUACUGUGCUGCUCAAGCUAGCUCUGGAUUUUCCGCCGCCACGCCAGCCCAGAGUGGAAAGGUCACAGCCAAAGCCGUGGAACUUGCAAAAGCAAUUAUAAACGGUAUGAAGGACAGCCAAGGGCAGCAAGUUUAUCUUUCAUAUCAGCCAUCCGCAACUUGGUCCGAUGCUGGAACAACCUAUAACUCGGAAACAGACUCCUGGGAGUUGAGUGUUAGUGGAAUUGGUGCGGAUUGGGUGGAUCGUUAUCUGGAUUUAAUUGAUAGCGAGUCACUGUCGCUGGACGGUGUCACCGAAGAUACCCUCAAGGCAUGGAUCUACGAGGGAUGGCAGCGAUAUGACAGUGUUCUCCAAACAACCUGGCCGGAUCUUUCGGUCUACCACGGCGCAGGAGGAAAAAUUCUCCAUGUACACGGAGAAUCUGAUUUCAGUAUUCCUGCCGCAUCAUCCGUGCGUUAUUGGGAAUCUGUUCGCAGUGUGAUGUAUCCCGACCUCUCCUAUACUGCCGCUGCUGCGGAACUCAACAAGUGGUAUCGCCUGUAUUUGGUCCCCGGAGCUGGCCACUGCGGGCCUAGCACUGAUCAGACAAAUGGGCCCUUCCCCCAAACCACACUUCAGGUCCUUAUUGACUGGGUUGAGAAAGGUAUUGCGCCGACUACUCUCCCUGCCACUGUCCUACAGGGCUCGGAGGAGGGUAAGAAGUGGGAGCUCUGCGCAUGGCCACUUCGUCCUUUGUGGACAAAGAACGGCGCCAACUUUGAAUGCGUAUACGAUCAAGCUUCUAUUGACACUUGGCACUGGGAUUUGAAUGCGUGGGACAUGCCUGUAUAUUAA